CAUUUCUAACCCGGAACACGUCCGAAGACAACCACAAAAAAGAAAAAGAAAAUAAAAAACAGAAAUGAUUUAACUGAAUUGAAUUUAAUAUUAUUAUUAGUUUUUGGUGGGAUGAAUAGGAAUGGGAAUGGGAUGAUGGAGGCAAAGCAGUAACGAAUCGAUGAGAACGAAGGAAAGUGGUGUGCAGGAAUCGAAUGAUAAUAACAACAAGAAGAUAGAAUAUUAUUUAUUGCUUCUGCUAUGAAAUUGAAAUUACUUCCAUCAACAUCCCAUUCAUUAGCACUACUCAAUGCUUCUUCUUCUUCUUCUUCUUCCUCCACUCGCAGGCACAGUCACAUUCACAGACACAGUGUCAAUAUCAUAGCCGCCAAAAGCAAGAAGCAGCAGCAGCAUCAUGCGCCUCAGGGUUCUAAACCACCACCACCUCGAAUCACUUCUAACGCCAAGCAAAACCUUCGCUUCCUCAAAAUAUGGAAGGAGUUCCAAAAACGAAAGUCUAGCACUCCUAGACCUUCCACCAGUUACCGUAAAAAGAAGGCGGAAAAGGAGGAUGUUGUGGAGGAUCACACUGGCCUCUAUCGCGAUCCCACCUCCUCCCUCUACUACACAAACCAGCUGGGUUUAAUUGACAAUGCUGUCCCUGUGUUGCUUGUUGAUGGCUAUAAUGUUUGUGGAUAUUGGAUGAAGCUCAAGAAACAUUUUAUGAAUGGAAAACUUGAACUUGCUCGCCAAAAGCUAAUUGACGAGCUUAUAAACUUUAGUAUGCUCAGAGAGGUCAAAGUGGUUGUUGUAUUUGAUGCCAUGAUGUCUGGAUUCCCCAAUCACAAGGAAUAUUCUGCUGGUAUCGACGUUGUUUUCUCAAGUGAAUCAUCUGCUGAUACAUGGAUUGAGAAAGAGGUUUCAGCUUUAAAAGAGGAUGGUUGCCCCAAAGUCUGGGUUGUCACUUCUGAUCACUGUCAGCAGCAAGCAGCACAUGGAGCAGGAGCCUUUGUUUGGAGUUGCAAGGCAUUGGUUACUGAGUAGAUCAAGGCAUCUCAAAAGGAGGUUGAAAUGAUGCUUCAAGAGCAAAGAUCCACUUCUUUUCAAGGUAGAUUGUUGAAGCACAAUCUUGAUGCAGAAGUAGUGGAUGCUCUGAAGAACCUGAGGCAAAAACUCUCUGAAAACGAGUUGAAGUAGAAUAUCAAAUUAAAAAUCUAGUCAGAGAAUUUAGUUUCACAAGUUAAUAGGUUUUAAAUUAUAGUCUGAGGUUAAAGAUGUUUUUUUUUGGGAUGUUAGCAUGCAUUUAUUAUUUACUUGGAACCCUUCAACAUUUUGGUUGGUUAAUUUUUUUAUGUAUAAUGACACAAUAUGAACUAAUUGAAACAGACACUCUGUGUCUAUCGAAACUGAAAUAUUGUAAUUUGUAAAUACUGGUGCCAUUUCAUAUCAAGACAAACAUUCUUAAGAA